AUGCCUAUUUCAAAACCUCAUGGUGGUAAAUUAAAUGAUUUAGUUAAAAGAGAUGAAUCAAUUAAAUCAGAUUUAAUUAAAGAAGCAUCCACAAUUCCAAAUUUAAAAUUAACUUCAAGACAAUUAUGUGAUUUAGAAUUAAUAUUAAAUGGUGGAUUUUCUCCAUUAGAUGGAUUUUUAAAUGAAGAUGAUUAUAAUGAAGUUGUUUCAAAUUUAAGAUUAAAAACUAAAAUUGGAUCAAAUGGUAAAGGUUUAUUAUGGCCAAUUCCAAUUACAUUAGAUGUUACUGAAGAAUAUGCAUCAAAUUUAAAAAUUGGUGAUAAAAUUGCAUUAAUUGAUUUAAGAGAUGAAAAUCCAUUAGCUAUAUUAACUAUUGAAUCAAUUUAUAAACCAAAUAAAACAAUAGAAGCUGAAAAAGUUUUUAGAGGUGAUCCAGAACAUCCUUCAAUAAAAUAUUUAAAUGAACAAACAAAUGAAAUUUAUUUAGGUGGUUCAUUACAAGGUAUAAAUUAUCCAAAACAUUAUGAUUAUAUAAAUUUAAGAAAAACCCCACUUGAAUUAAGAAAUGAAUUUGAAUCAAAAGGUUGGUCACAAGAUAAAAUUGUUGCUUUUCAAACUAGAAAUCCAAUGCAUAGAGCUCAUAGAGAAUUAACUAUUAGAGCUGCUAAUGAUAUUGGUGAAGGUUCUCAUAUUUUAAUUCAUCCUGUUGUUGGAUUAACAAAACCAGGAGAUAUUGAUCAUCAUACAAGAGUUAAAGUUUAUAAAACUAUUUUAGAAACAUUCCCUGAAGGAUUAGCUUCAUUAUCUUUAUUACCAUUAGCUAUGAGAAUGGGUGGUGAUAGAGAAGCUUUAUGGCAUGCAUUAAUUAGAACUAAUUAUGGUGUUGAUCAUUUUAUUGUUGGUAGAGAUCAUGCAGGUCCUGGAAAAAAUUCAAAAGGUGUAGAUUUUUAUGGUCCAUAUGAUGCACAAGAUUUAUUAAAAAAUUAUCAAGAUGAAAUAGAAAUUAAAAUUGUUCCAUUUAGAAUGGUUACUUAUUUACCUGAUGAAGAUAGAUAUGCACCAAUUGAUACAAUUGAUACAACAAAAGUUAAAACUUCAAAUAUUUCAGGAACAGAAUUAAGAAAUAAAUUAAGAACUGGUGAUUUAAUUCCUGAAUGGUUUUCUUAUCCUGAAGUUGUUAAAAUUUUAAGAGAAACAAAUCCUCCAAGAUUUAAACAAGGUUUUAUUAUUGUUAUUGAAAAUAAUGAUAAAUUAGGUCAAUAUUUAAGUUUUGCUUUACAAAGUACUCUUAAUCAAUUUAAUGGAGAAAGAAGAAUUAUAAAAUUAGAUGAUAACUUAAAUAAAUUUGAUGAAUUUUUAAUUAAUGAAUUAGUUAAAUCUGGUAGUGGAGUUAUAUUAACAACUGUAUCAAAAAAAUUAGAAAAUAAUAUUAUUAAUUUAGUUGGUAAUGAUAAUUCAGUAGUUGUUAAUUCUGUAUCAAUUGAAAAUGGUAAUGGUUCAGCAACCACUGAAAAAUCAAAUAAUGAAUUUAAAUUAAAUAAAGAUUUAAAUGUUACCAUUGAACAAAUUGUUUCAUAUUUAAAAGAUCAAGGUUUUUAUUAG